GCGAGCGGGCGAUGCUCCAGCGGCCUGAGCAGCCAUGGAGGCCGAGGCAGGAGGCCUGGAGGAGCUGACGGACGACGAGAUGGCGGCGCUGGGCAAAGAGGAGCUGGUGCGGCGCCUGAGGCGAGAGGAGGCAGCGCGUCUGGCCGCACUGGUGCAGCGUGGCCGCCUCAUGCAGGAGGUAAAUCGGCAGCUGCAGGGUCACCUGGGGGAGAUCCGCGAGCUCAAGCAGCUCAACCGGCGCCUUCAGGCCGAGAACCGCGAGCUGCGCGACCUCUGCUGCUUCCUGGACUCGGAGCGUCAGCGCGGGCGGCGCGCGGCACGCCAGUGGCAGCUUUUCGGGACCCAAGCUUCCAGGGCGGUCCGCGAGGACCUGGGUGGCUGCUGGCAGAAGCUAGCCGAGCUGGAGGGCCGCCAGGAGGAGCUGCUGCGUGAGAACCUGGCCCUUAAGGAGCUCUGCCUGGCUCUGGGCGAGGAGUGGGGUCCCCAAGGCGGCCCCGGGGGUGCAGGAGGCUCUGGAGCCGGCCCGACACCGGAGCUCGCCCUUCCCCCCUGCGGACCCCGCGACCUAGGCGACGGAAGCUCCAGCACUGGCAGCUUGGGCAGCCCUGAUCAGUUGCCCCUAGCCUGCUCCCCCGAUGACUGAGGGCGCUGCUUCUACGCCGACGCCCUCGCGGAUUGCUCCCGGAGCUCCCAGACGGCUGUGGACCUUAGCAUCUGGGCGCUGACCAGGACGAAGAAGCCCUGGUACUAAGGAGGGCCCCUCGAUCUCGCUGGCGGGGCAUCAGGGGAACUGGAGGCUGGAGCGGAGGGACUUACUGGGGUUUGUGUGGGGACUAAUAAACCGGGACCGAAGCGGAGCCCGAAGCCUUGGCAGCGUCUGUUUGGGACCCGCUGGGGUUGGGAUGAGGGCGGGAUCGCUGAGACGGGGUAGCACUCUCAUUCGAAAGGUCUGCAGAACUAAGGUGGCUGACUCUCGUCAUCUCAAGGCUGGGGUGGGAUCCCGACGGUGGUAAACCAUGGACUUCCUCCAUCUGGCGCCCAGGCAACGCUGAAGUGGCUCCAGCUCCCUCCCCGCCUCCUUCCUGUCCAAGACAAUGGGGCAGGAAGCAGGUGUUGGGGACCUAAAACACACUGGCUCUUCUCCGAAGGUAGAAGGAGAGUACUGGCGCCCCCCCUAUGUCACAAGCAAGAGCACUGCGGGUUCCUACAAGAUGAUAAUCUGCCUGCACCCACAGUACUCUCAAUCCUGUAGAUGUGGCAGAGGGAGUGUAGCCCCAUUUGUAAGAUAAGACAGUUGAGGUCCAAAAAUAUUUUUUAGAUUGUCCGAGGUCACACAGUGAGUCAGAAACUGUCGCUGGAACCUAGAGCUUCAGGCUGCAAAUUGCCUCCCUUUAACUUCUGCAUCCAACGAGACAUCCAGCCAGGGCUUCAAGACUUUUAUUACAUUUUGGCAGGACUGUAUAAAAAUAUUCUCUCUAGGAAAAUAAAUAGCAGCUGCCCUCGAUGUGGGGGCUUGGAUUUCUUGGAGUUAGAGGUUUCUCAGAGCUGCAGGCUACAAGUUAGCUCAUCACAGAAGCCUCUGGUUCCUCCUGAGCUGUGCCAUUCAGGAGGAGCCUGCAGAAUCCCUAGU